AUGUACCUAUCAUCCUUCCAUGUACUUCCAAUACUCAAAAAGACUUGGUGUGUCCGGUGGAAGAACGCUGUGACUCGCUCUCACAAACAGAACGACCGUGACCAUGCCGGCCUCGCUGACGGCACUGCCGAAGAAUCCCAGCACCUCCCUCGCUACUUCGCCAAGUCUGGUCACGUCGACGCCGACCCAAAGAAGGUGAAGAAAGAGGGUGGAGGCAAAGGCAAUUGGGGCACUCCCGGUGACGAGUCUCAGGACUAUGGUUACAACUUCACCAAUGCCCGUCGUCGUUCCAACAGCAGCUCUCACGGUCAUGCCAUUGGCGACUUCAAGACCAAGUUCGAGACUGUCGAGGCCGAUCCCGUCUUUGAGGAAGAAUACCAUGGGGCAAAGGAUGAUGCUGGGGUAGAUGAGCACUUGGGUCUCGAGAAGGGAGAUAGCGCGGAUAGCAUCAGCGGUGGUAGCAUUGAGGAAGAGGAGCAUGCGAAGAAGUUCUCUGGGUUUGACGCUGCAUUUGGAGUAACUCAUCUAGGUUGA